AUGAGACAAUUGGUGUGUGUCGUUUUUGUCUGUUUAUGCACGAUUUUGAGCGUUCUCAGUAAAGAGAAUCCUCUAUCGGACAAAAUUCAACAAUUAACAGAAUUAUCAUUGAAAAAAGCUGUGAUUCGUUUAAAUGCUGAACGUUUUAAACAUUUUGUUCGAACACCACCAAGAAAUUAUUCUAUGAUAGUCAUGUUAACAGCAUUAUCUCCACAAAGACAAUGUCCUAUGUGCAAACAAGCACAUGAUGAAUUUCAAGUAGUUGCAGAAAGUUAUCGACAUUCCAAUGCUUUUUCAAAUAAACUCUUUUUUGGUAUGGUUGAUUUUGAUGAAGGAGCUGAAGUAUUUCAAUACUUAAAAUUGAAUUCAGCUCCAGUAUUUAUGCAUUUUCCAGCUAAAAUGAAACCAAAAAAAGGUGAUCAAAUGGAUAUUGGCCGUACGGGACUUUCCGCUGAACAAAUGGCAAAAUGGGUUAAAGAUCGGACUGAAAUUCAAAUUCCAAUAUAUCGCGCACCAGAUUAUUCCAAAUUUGCUUUUGUGGCAUUAUCGUUAAUAAUGAUUGCUGGUUUAAUUUAUGUCAAACGUGAUAGUCUUGGAAUUCUUUAUAACAAUUUUGUUUGGGGAAUAUUUGUAAUCGGUGUUGUAUGUUAUUUUAUCUCUGGACAAACAUGGAAUCUUAUUAACGGACCACCAUUUGUGUCCAAUCGUAAAAAUGAAAUGGAAAUAUUUGCUGGUGAUUCGAAUAUGCAAUAUGUAGCCGAAACAUACAUAGUUUGUAGAUAA